AUGGGUGAGGGAAAAAGCUCAGUGGGCGUCAAGGUGGACGAAAAUAACGCGCCGAUCGGGGAGGAGACUCGUGGAAGCAGUAGCAGGAGGCGGGAUGUUGUUAAGAGUGUCUCUAAGGCGUCGAGGCGAUACAAUGUGACGAGGGAGCAGGAAGCCGGCUUCCUCCAGAAGAUCAAGUUGGUGUAUGAGAGAUUUAUGAAUCUCGGGUCGAGGGGCUGGGGGAGGAGCAAUGACCUCCGCUGGUGCAGUGGGUGCAGAUUUUUAACGAACGGCGGCCUGGCCCUGACGAAACUUAGGGCAGAGGGCACAACGCCGCCAGGCCAAACCGGAAAGGAGAGGCCCAGAACAAGAACGGGAAACAAGACACGGCAGGGGGUAGCAAACCUGAUCGAGGGAAGGGGGAAAACGCAAACGGACCUUUCCUUUGACGCGAUGAAAGAACGAAGAUAG